CUGCAAGCGCUGCCCUCCUCCUCCUCCUCUCUCUCUUUCUCUCUCCUUCACUCUUCUCUCACCUUCUCUCUCUCCUUUCCUCUUCUUUUGGUUUCUGCUGUGGUGUUGAACUACAUGAACUAAUAAUCCACAGGCCAGCAUAAUAAUCCAUAGAUCAGUCAUGCUUUUGGUGAAAUUGUUUGGGGCGAAGUGGAGGCUGGUAUUGAGCGCUCUUGUCAUUUGUGCUCUAAUCCUCGAGUUAGGAUAUUGUCAGAAGGAUGCCCAAGAACUUCAGACCACUCCAGGGAGGAAGUCCAAGCCCACGAAACCCAAACAGGAGAAAGCAACAAAUAAAGGGCCUAGAGCUGCAACAGCUAAACCCAAGGUCAAAGCUGCAGGCCAGGGGCAGACCUUCCUCACACAGGUGCUAAACAAGGGUAACUUCAAGAAGGUGGGGGACACCCUGAGUGUGCCGGCUGGAGACACGCUGGAGUUGAGAUGCAAGGGCAAGCCUGUCCAGUGGGGCGUACCCUCGUACCUGGAGGAGGACGAUGAUGGCAGACUCAAAAUCAUCCAACAUGAGAGAUACGGAGCUCUGACAUUAGUCAACACCACGGGUGCGGACACAGGGGAGUACACUUGUUACCCUAUGUAUUGUGAGGACACUGACUGCAGAAAGGAGUAUGACAAAGCUGUCAAAGUCUUCGUCUUCUUCCCUGACCCACAAGAGCUGUUUGUGCCGUCAUCUGACUACUACGAGGUGAUCCAGCUGCGAACCAACUGGCCGACGGUCCUCCCCUGCCAGGUGACCUCACCUGAGGCCAAGGUGACGCUGCAUCGUGAGUUCCCCCCGGUGGAGGUGGCAGUGGAUGGGAGAGAGAUCUCCUUUAAUGUCAAAAAGGGCUUCACCAUCCACCGGCCCCGGCCUCAUCAUGCCGGAGCCUUGUACUGUGUGGCCAGCCUGGGCAACCUGAGGCAGAGCUCCACCAAGUACAUGCUCAUCUACGUCAACUACCCCAUGGCUCCUCCUGCUCCAGUCAUCCAGGCCUCGGCGAGCUCUGUGUCUUUGGGAGGGAACCUGCAAGUCAGCUGCACUGUGAUUGGGGAGCAGGACGUGGCCGUAGAUUUUACCUGGGAGUACCCCGGACAGCAGAUCGGCAGGCCUCCGUACACCCAGGAGAGUGUGAGGUCGGGAGGUGCAGGCCGGCAGCAGUCUCAGUCGAUUCUCCUGGUGGAGGAGGUGAGAGACGUGGACCAAGGAACGUACACCUGCACAGCCGAGAACCUGCAGGGGGCCAAAUCAGUAUCCACCACCGUUAAAGUGGUCGGCAAAGCCAAACCCAAGAAACCAUGAGAGAGAGAGAGAGAGAGAGAGAGAGAGAGAGGUUAAAGAAGCAGUGGACUCAAAAAUGAAAAUGUUAUCUUUACUCCGUCACACCAGUUGUAAUGCAGGUGAAGUGUCUGUGGUCCAUACAACAAACAGGGAGGGUAGCUAUAUUCCAGUUCCCUGGUAGCUUUCUUGAAAAACUGAAAUCAGUGGGUACCAUUUUUUAGAGUUACUUCUCCAAAGCCAAGCAAUGGCAUCCUGGGAGGAAAAGACCUAAAUGUCACUGUUAUUUUGUUCAAAUUGUCACUGUAUCUUUGAAAGCAACAGUUCAGAUGAAUCCCUUUCUUCUUGCCUUGAAUUCCUUUUCUCUGUUUUGAUGUUUCAAAAGUUAGGCAACAUUACAUAAUUCCGUAAGAAGGUUUUAUAAUUAACCAUUCGACUGAAACAUUUUUUAAGUGUGUAAUUAUCAACUAUGAGGCAAAUUAUUAGCAGCACUUAUCAUGGUCAACAGGCUCCAGGUUACCCUUGGCCCUCUGACAAGACUGUCAUUAAAACAACAACAUGAGGCUGACUGGACUUAGGUAACAACUGGUAAUGUGCUGCAACGGCUGCCUCUCUGUGUGUUGUGUAGUCAAAGACACUUCACCCGUGUCUCAAAUGGCACAAGGGUGAGUAGAUAAUGACAAAAAAUAUAUUAUAUUUUUUUUUGGGUGAACUGCACCUUUAAAAGUCUGACUUAAGUGCAGUUUUAGAGGCCAUAGGGGAAGCACAUUGGUCCUAUGCAGUAUUUCACAGUAUUUCAUGUAUUCUACAUUUUAAUUGCAGCCAAACACAUUCUGGCAACUAUUACUGUUGUAGCUAUGAAUAACAUAAUACAAUGAAAGUGCUGUAAAAGUAGUAUAUCAGAUUUUUUGUUUGUUUACGUGUUUGUUUUUUGAGAUAUGAAAAUUACUGUUCAUCAUCACCUUGAAUAUUAAACAGUUUUACACACGAA